AUGGCGGCCAACGGUGAUAAUGGCAGAGGAGGAAGCUUGGUCGAUGCAUCGGGAUACAAGUUUGCGGACAAGGAUACGAAACCCGGGAAGAUUAAAUUAAAGAAGCCGAUCAAAAAAUCCAAGAAAGAUGAUGCCCGACCCGCAACCUCACCCAAAGCAUCCCCCAUUCUCCCCGGUCUAAACGAGAAAACGAUGGCAGCAUUUCCGACAGGCAAACCGCGCGAAGAAGACCAUAUCGAAUCAGUGAUCUGCAAGACGUGCAAGCGGCCGAUUUUGAAGCAGGCCGCAGUCGACCACAUCCGCGGCUGUCUGAAGGCGAAACAAGAAAAGGCGCGCAAGAAGAAGGAGGCGCGCGAUGCGGCGAACCGGGCGAAGGAGAAGAUCGACGGGAAAGACGACGAUGACGACAAGGAUGGCGACGAUGCGAUGAAGGGACAGAAGAGUGCGAAGAAGAGUGCCGUGAAGGGCAUGGCGGAGGAUGGAACGAAGAAGGGGAAGAAGCGGAAGACGGACGAGGAUGACAAGGACAAGGAGCCGAAGAAGAAGAAGAAAAAGGAGGAGCCGAAACCCAAGGUGCCCAAACCCAAGGGACCGGUCGAUGUUGAGAAGCAGUGCGGUGUGACACUGCCGAAUGGGGCUCAGUGUGCGCGGUCGUUGACUUGUAAGAGUCAUUCGAUGGGUGCGAAGCGUGGUGUUCCUGGUCGGUCGUUACCGUAUGAUAUGUUGUUGCAGGCGUAUCAGAAGAAGAAUCAGGCUCGGCAGCAGAAGGCCGCUAUCGAUGCCAAUGCUCCAUUACAAGACGAGAUGGAAAACAAUGGCCCCGUGGACUCGGACGAAGAAAAAGACAACGUCAUGGCCGCUAUCGGCCGUUCCAACCCUCAGCCACUCGUUACCCAUACGGUCAUCACGACCAAGAACAAGUAUCGCUAUGUCCGCAUCAAAGAGAUGUUAUCCCAUGCCCUGGGCGGUGCCCGUGGUGGUGGACUCUUCUCCACUGGGGAUAAUCCCCCGGUAGAAGGGAACCUAUUUCAACCAGACGACUCCAAUGCCGUUGGCAUCAAAGCCGAACCAGAUCUAGCCGACCAGUUCCGCCGCGAAGUUGCCGCCCUCCUAGGUCGCAACAACCUAAACUUCCCGGGAGCGCAACCAGUCAGCUUCUCGACGAAACACCUCCUCGAACUCCAACGCGAAGACUACUACGUAUGCGAAAAGACAGACGGGAUCCGGUGUCUGAUGUACUUUGCGCGUGGGGACCCGGACUCCGAGACGCCGGAGAUUCACUACCUGAUCGACCGCAAGAAUGACUACCGAUUCGUGCCGGGGCUGCAUUUCCCUAGAUCGGGGGAUAAGAGCUUUCAGUCGUACCAUGUGGAUACACUUGUGGAUGGGGAGUUGGUGAAUGAUACGUAUGAUGAUGGGACGCAGCAACUCAAGUAUCUCGUAUUUGAUUGUUUGGUGUUGGAUGGGCAGGCUCUGAUGCACCGUACGCUGGACAAGCGAUUGGCGUAUUUCAAGGAGAAUGUCCUCAAGCCAUACAGGGCGAUGUAUGAGAAGUUUCCAGAAGAGAAGCAGCACCGCGUUUUCGUCGUCGAGGACAAAUCCACCCAGGUCAGCUACGGAAUCGAGAUGAUGUUCCGCGAUAUUAUCCCCAGGGUCAAGCGCAUCCACGGCAACGACGGGUUAAUCUUCACCUGUCGCAGCACGCCCUACCGCAUUGGCACAGAUGAGCAUAUCCUCAAAUGGAAGCCGCCUGCUGAAAACACCAUCGACUUCCGCAUGCGCCUCGAGUUCCCUCUUCUCGAACCAGACUCGGACGAUGAAGCGGAUGGUAUCAUGCAGUCGUAUCGUGAUUACGACGCAAUCCCUAUCUUCCACCUCUUCGUCAUGCACAGCUCGAACGAUUAUCGCCCCUUCGGUGAAUUGUACGUGACCCCGGUUGAAUGGGAGGACAUGAAGGCCCUCGGGCAACCGCUCGAUGAUACGAUUGUCGAAUGCGCAAAGGAUGAAGAAGGUCGCUGGCGCUUCCACCGUCUGCGUGAUGAUAAAAUGGAUGCGAAUCACGUCUCUACUGUCCAGAAGGUCCUUGAGAGUAUCGAGGAUCGCGUGACGGAAGAUGACCUCAUUCGCGCUGCAGGCGCUAUCAAGACUGCCUGGAAGAAACGCCAGGCUACACAGCAUGCUCCUCCAGAUGUGAGAGGGAGGCCUAUUCCCCCAGCUGCGAAUGGGGUUAAAAGGAAGCUGGAGGAAUGA